AUGCGCCCCCUACUUACAUCCGCUCUGGCCACGACGGCCUCAGCAACAGGCCUCAUCUUCCCGCUGUACAUUUAUCCAGCGGCAACGUGGGACGACGGCGCGGCAAACUGGGCGCCUGCCCUCAACGCCGCGGCCUCCAACCCGUCGCUGUCCUGGCUGGCCGUCGUCAACCCUCACAACGGGCCCGGAGACACUCUCCAGCCCGGCAACAACGACAUCAACUACAUACAGGGCAUGACCAAGCUGAAUUCCCACCCCAACGUGCGGCCCAUUGGCUAUGUGCGCACCAACUACGCCCAGUUCUCGCCGGUCCAGGUCAAGCAGCACGUUGCCGCGUGGAAGGGCUGGGACGCCUACUCGGCGUCCAACAUCUCCGUCCAGGGCAUCUUCUUCGACGAGUCUGCCCCCAACGCUGCCUACAUGAGGGACAUUGUGGGAUACACACGUGGAGUCUUCGGGAGGCCCGUCACCGUGACGUGCAACUUUGGCAAGGCUGUUGCCGACGAGUUUUACGACAUUUGCGACGUGGUCGUGGCCUUUGAGAGCUGCCUGAACUGCUCGGGCUUGCCGCAGUACAAGGACGCGGAGACGAUCAGGGCCAACAUCCCCGCGAGUAGACUGGGCAAGGCGGCCGUGAUAUUGAACUACUUUGAAGGAAGGGCCUUUGAUGGCAGUCUUGCCGAUGCAGCACUGGUGCACAGAUAUCUCCAGACGGCCAGGGACACAGGGCUUGCGUGGGCGUACUUUUGCUCAAAGGACUACAAUGACAUGUUGGCCUGGCCAGCUACCAUUUGGGAGAAUGUCGUGGGCUUGUCUUGA